GGUGCCUCCCACCGCCAGUCAGGCAGCCACAGGCAGAGGGGAGGCUCUGAUCUGGGCUUGGCUGCGAGUCAGGAAGGCAAAGAUCGCGGAACCGGAGCGCUCAGGGCCAGGUGACACAAUCGUGGGUGCCCGGCGCUGCUUGACAGCUUCAUCCCCGCCCACUGGCAGGAGAACGCGGACGGGCAGCACGCGAGCGCGCAGGGUCCUUAAAAGCCGCGGCCGCGCGGAGACGCCGAGCACGCCCACCGCGCGCAGGCGGCGACAUGCACGUGAACGGCAAAGUGGCGCUGGUGACCGGCGCGGCCCAGGGCAUCGGCCGAGCCUCCGCCGAGGCGCUGCUGCUCAAGGGCGCCAAGGUAGCGCUUGUCGAUUGGAAUCGUGAAGCAGGUUUAAAGUGUAAAGCUGCCCUGGAUGAGCAGUUUGAACCUCAGAAGACUCUCUUCAUCCAGUGCGAUGUGGCCGAUCAGGAACAACUAAGAGAUACUUUUAGGAAAGUUGUAGACCACUUUGGAAAACUGGACAUUUUGGUGAAUAAUGCUGGAGUGAAUAAUGAGAAAAACUGGGAAAAAACUCUGCAAAUUAAUUUGGUUUCUGUCAUCAGUGGAACCUACCUGGGUUUGGAUUACAUGAGCAAGCAAAAUGGAGGUGAAGGUGGCAUCAUUAUUAAUAUGUCCUCUUUAGCAGCCUUUGAUCUAAUGCCAGAGAGUGAAAGCAAUGCAAGAGGAAACAUUCUGCAGGACUGCAGUGAAAAAUGUCAUUGGAAUGCCACGAGAGUCAUAAAGCUAAGUGCCACUCUAAAAAUGCAAACAAAUUCUGAUUGCAUCUGCAAUUCUUCCUUUAAAGGAAAGUAUGUGUUUUGCAGCUGGCUUCUUAGACAGAACCAACACAACAGUAUUUGCUCUCUUUUGCUGCUGUGACACUUUGAACCAGUUUGGGUUCAGAAGUUCAGUGCCUCCACAUGCAUAACAGAAAUUCAUUCCCAUUCAUCUUUGACAUCCUUGUGUUUUUUGUGGCUGUCAACAGCUCAUCUCUGACUCAGGUUCACUCUGCAUUUCCUGCUGUCCGUGAAUGCCACCUACAACCACUACCUUGGUCUCAUAAACAUUGAAGGAGCGGGUAGAACAGUGACUAACUUACAAGAACAAGAAGCAGCAACGCCUGGCUGCACCUGUUUAUUGUCUUUAUCUCAAUCUUCUAAUACACCUGUUCACCCUGUGGAGGCAUCAUGAAUUCUUGUUGACCGACACUGACAAACUUAAUUAACUUACACACGCUACUGAACAGAAAAAACAAAACAAAACAAAACAAAACAAAAAGAGAACCACGUUACAGUACUUUGAGAUCAUUGGGAGGACGCACUCUGUGUGAUCUACCAUCCCCAGGGAUUUAAACUGCUCUUGAGCAAACGUACUUCAUAAAUUGAGACCUGGCAGGCACCCAGGGAGUGGUUAAGGUCCGCCAUUAUUACUGCACUUUGGUACAACACGCUCACCAUCGGUGGGGUUCUGGGACUAGUUAGCUGAGUGGAGAUGACCACGCCUCAGCAGAAUCAUUUAGUAGUAUCAUGACAUUUGACAUUAAUAACAUUAAAGUAAUAAGGGAUCGCUCUUCCUUGGAGAAAUCACAAAUUUUAAAAAUGGUAGAACGCGUUAACUCAAGAAAUUAGUUAAAAGCCAAGAUGUACAAAUGGCUCUAGUUAAAAGUUUCACUAUUCAUUGAGACAGAGAAUUGACCAUUAUGAGAAAUAAGCUUGAUAGUGAUAAUAACUACAGAAAAAUCAGUUUUUCUUGUUUUGUUUCUUCUGGUAGAGGGGAGCGGGUAACGUCGGGCUGGGAGAUAGGGGGGAAAAGAUGCCAUACCUGCUGCAGUACCACUUUUUCUCCACACCAUGGAUUUAAUCAUAAUUUUGAGCAGUUACUAUUGUGUGUAAAUGGAAAAUUAAGCCAAUUCUAAAGCUGCUUGAAUUCUGUUGCUGAGUACGUAAUUAUGAAAGGAAAUAAAAUAGGAUCAAACAUUUUU